AUGCCUCGUAAAAUAACCGUUGCAGCUGCCCAGCUGGGGCCGAUACACAUCGACACCCCCCGGCAGGCCGUGAUCGACCGGAUGGUGGUGUUGUUGGGAGACGCCGUGUCCAAAGGAGCACAGGUGGUGCUGUUUCCCGAGACAGCCCUCACGACCUUCUUCCCCCGGUUUCUGAUCGACGACAAGGAAAAGCUCGAUUCGUUCUUCGAGCACGGCGCCGAUCUGGCCCAAUCGCCCAACUUGAAGGUGCUGCUGGACGAAGCCCACCGGCUGGGCGUGGACGUCUCGGUCGGUUUCGCCGAGCGCACCCCGGAAGGCAAGGGCUUCAACUCCUGCAUCUACUAUUCCGGGUCCCAGGGCCGGAUUGUGAGCAAAUACCGCAAGACGCACAUCCCGGGCACGUUCGAGCCCUUUCCCAACCCCGACGCCAUCAACCAGUUGGAAAAAAGGUACUUCGCGCCCGGCGACCUCGGAUUCCAGGCCUUCCGCGUGCCGGGCCUGCUUCCAGACGCGUUGAAGAAGGAAACAGCAGGUGGCCCCCCCUCACGGGAGCUGGAAGGGAAGGGCGACCCGAUCAUGGCCAUGAUGAUCUGCAACGACCGACGGUGGCCGGAGUCGUGGCGGUGUUACGGGCUGCAGGGCGUCGAAGUCGUCCUGAUCGGCUACAACACGCCGUCGUUCAGUCCCGACCUGGUCAGCUCGCUGGGUCCCAAGACGGAGGAGGAGGGCGAAAGGGAAGCACUGUACCAUCACCACCUCGUGCUCAAGGCCAACAGUUACAUGAACAGCUGUUUCUCCGUGGCCGCCGCCCGAGCCGGGCGUGACGACGGGAAAUGGCCGCUGAUUGGGGGCAGCUGCAUCAUCGACUCGGAGGGACACAUUAGAGCUGAAGCAAAGACAACGGACGACGAGGUCGUCGUGGCGGAAAUCGACUUGGAAGAGGCACGUCAGGGCAAAGAAAAGCUGUUCGACUUCCACAGACAUCGACGCAUCGAGACCUACGGAAUCAUCUCGAGCCAGACGGGGGUCGUCGAACCUCCUUUCCUGUCACAGAGUGAGGGAUUGCCUAACUAA